AUGGAGUCCAACACGAGUCUCUCGCCUCUACCACACACUCUUUCCUUUCCGGCAUCACCAUCUUUGGGGCCACGCAAACGCUCAAUUCACGAAGUAGAUGACGGCGCGCUUCCUGCCCCCGAAGCCAAACGUCCACUCGUGCAAUUUAAUGGCGACAAUCAAGAAAACCGAGACCCAUCGGUCUCGGCGUCCUCGGAGACCAAGCCUUCUCCAUCUGUUGAAGUGGUGAUAUCACCGCGAAAGCCCUCUGGUGAGGAGACUGCUCCAACCACGCCUGGCCCUGCUCCUACUCCUGCUCCCAAGAAGCGGAAGCUCUCACCAGCUAGCAAGGAGGCGAAACAACACGAAAGGGAGGCAAAGGAGCGCCAGAGGCUCGAAGAGAAGACUCGCAAGGAAGAAGAGAAAAAGAAGCGAGAAGCUGAGCGCGAAGAGGAGAAGAAGAAACGCGAAGCUGAGCGUGAAGAGAAGAAGAAAGUUAAGGAUGAAGAGAAGGCCGCGAAAGAAGAGGAGAAACGCAAGAAGGAGGAGGCCAAGGAGGAGGAGAAGCGCAAGAAGGAAGAGGAGAAGGAGAAGAAAUCGAGGUCACAAAUGAAGCUCAACUCCUUCUUUACCAAACCUCCCGUUCCCUCUGCAUCUCCCAAAAAACCCAACGUCACUGCUUCUCCCAGCAAACCACCUGCCGAGAGUGACCCUGUUUCCACGGAAUCUGCGCAGGGCACACAGACAGACUAUCAACGCGCAUUCCCUGACUUCUUCUUACAAUCUCACACCACUCUUGCACCUGCACAUCGCUUUGAACGAGACGCAGAUGCCCUCCUACACGUGCAGCAGACGGUCGAUGCCUGUUUGAAGGCUAGCAGUGCUUCCGAGUCCCGUCCCUUCCGUCCUUCUGAGGUGUUCCAGAUGAUGUCGUAUCGUCGCCGGCGAGGGAGACAAGCUGCCUCGGUGAAAGAGAUCCUCUUACGCAUGCAUAGCUCUACGGACGGUGCGAGUGAUGUUCCGGAUACAAACACGAGCUCAAACCCCCAAAAGUUACUGCAGCAGAUUCCUAUAAAGUCCCUUAAAUUCGCUGAAGAUGUCCGGCCUCCUUAUCAGGGGACAUUCACACGAAAUAUUCCUGAAGAUUCAGCCAUGAAACUGUCCCGCAACCCAUACCAUCGGGGACUUCCUAACACAAACUACGACUAUGACUCGGAAGCGGAAUGGGAGGAGCCUGAAGAAGGGGAAGAUCUGGACUCUGAGGAAGAAGAUGAGGGCAGUGACGAAGGGGAGGACGAUCUCGAAGGGUUCUUGGACGAUGAGGAUGAUGCUCUGGCAGGGGGCAAGCGACGGCUCAUUGUUGGCGACCUUGAGCCGGUGUGUAGUGGUAUUCGGUGGGCGACAGGUGUCAUCGACCCCGAGUUUCGGCCUUACCAGAUUGAAACCAUCUCCGAGACCGUCAAAUUCCCCAUCAAACCACACUCAGAUGAGUACUGGCAGAAGCCCCAACCCAAUAACCCUGGUCCCGCCAAGGGGCGGGUUGCGCCGAAAAGCCUGGGUCCUCAAACACUCCCUGCUUCCUGGGGCCCCGCGGGCCAGGCAACACCAACCGUGGGAGCUGUGCUGCCGGCCACGGUGUCAAAGGCUAAGCGACCAUUCCCACCGGAACAGCUGGACGAGUUCAAGAAGACGGUAGAGGGCAAUGAUCUCAGCAAAAUCGGGCUUGUCGAGAUCUUGAAGAAAAAAUUCCCCAAAGUGUCGAAAGAUACCCUGAAGGCUACACUUGACCAGGUUGCAGUCCGUGUGGGCCAGAAAGAGGCUGACAAGAAGUGGGUGUGCCGAUGA